AUGGGUCAAAACCAAAAUAAAAAAUCAAUAUUUAAAGGAAUUAAAAUUUCAAUACAAUUAAAAUAUAAAUCCAAAAAUCUUUUUUUAAUAAAAAAAAAAAAAAAAAUUACUAUCAGGGAAAAUGUCAAUUUCCAAAAUAGAGAAAAAUUGAAUUUGAUGUUAUGUUUUUGUUUGAUUCAUAUACAUGUCGGGGGGAGGUCUCCAUCAAUACAAAAUUCAUUUUUUUUUUUUUUUUUUUUUUUUUUUUUUUUUUUUUUUUAA